GAAAGUGAUCGGAUGAGGCUAUUAAUCUCACUCCUCCAAUCGUGAAAAGAUAUUACACAUUGUAAUUUUCAGUCACUCUUCACUCUAAAUCUUGACUUCAUCACUGCUAGCACCUACCUUAAUUGUUGAAGAAUAACGAUCUAGAUAUAUUCUUCUAAACAUUGGUAUUUAGGGUGACACAUCUAUCUCUCGAUUUGUCAUUGAGUGAUUGACGACUAAAUUCAAUAUAGUGAAUAGCUAUCGCCAGCAAAUCAUCUUCUACUCGAUCCCAAUCAAUUGAAUCCUGAAGAUAAAAGUAACGUACGAUAAGUAGCACACAUUAAUCCAUUCACAAGCGAUGACAUGCAGCUUUACUGGUCGCCCAAGAAAUUAUUUACAGAUUGGCAACGCAAUCUCACAAUAGUGUGCACGACUUAUAAUCUUGAAUUUUGGAGGGAUUCACCAAAUACAAGCAUUACCCUUAAAUUGGAUUGCGUUCUACAAUAUGCCAGCGUAUUGAAUCAAUCUUCGACAUUGCUUUGAGAUGUAAUCAAAGUUAAAUUACUCGAAUUCGGACUUCUUGACAUCAAUGUAAUGAUUCGACUCUUUUAUGAGCUUCUGCCAUGAUUAAAGUUCUUACAUAAGUCUUUGAAGCUGGUCAAAUCCACCCUUUUGGUGUUGCUGAGUGCAUGGAGAUAACUCAGUUUAUCAUUCAAGAAAAUUAAGAACAAAAAACAACAAUAAAAAUGUGUUUUUUUUGUAAGAAAAACAAGUUCGUGUUUGAAAGUCAGGACCUUGAGAGGAUUUUGUGGUUGUAGAAUAGAUACUGAAAUUUGGAAAGGAAAAGAGGGGGAGAGACCAUGUCAACUAAACCCCAAAUCUAAUUAACCCUCUCAUUUUUUUUUUUUUUUACCUUUGCCAAAUUGUUGGAAACGAAAAUGUAAGAAGAUAAACCCCUUACUAAAAAACUUGAGAGUCAAAUUUUUACCAAAGCCUCUUUUUACCGCCCUCCUAAACAUAAUUAAUCUCAUAAUAACCCUCUUCCUUCUACCUUCUUCCUUUCCUCCCCUGGCCUCCCUUUCAACCCCAAAAGAGAAAAACCCCAUCUCUGUUCCGCAAGAACACAAAUUUCUUGCUUCUCGCGUCACCUCUAUCCCUUCCUCCUCAUCAACCCUGAAGAGGAAGAUAGUUUGAUGACAAUUACUGUUAAUUAAUCACAAUUAACAUUAUUCAUUUUGGAGGAAUUUGCUAAAAAAAAUCCAGCAAACAUGAAUGACCUUUUAUCAAAUUCCUUCAAGAAGUACACCGACCUGAGGGAACAGACUCGGAUGGACGACCUGGAGGCCGGGAAGGAGAACAGCAACCUCGACAAGUUCUUCGAGGACGUCGAGAAUGUCAAGGAAGACAUGAAAACAGUGGAGAAGCUGCACAAAUCUCUGCAGGAGGCCAAUGAGGAAUGCAAGACUGUGCACAAUGCCAAGACCGUAAAGGCCCUGAGGGCCAAAAUGGACGCCGAUGUCGGUCAGGUCCUGAAGCGGGUCAAGCUGAUCAAGGGCAAGCUGGAAGCGCUGGACAGGUCGAAUGUCGCAGCUCGAAGCGUCCCCGGUUGUGGGCCCGGUUCAUCGGCGGAUCGAACGAGGACUUCUGUGGUCGGAGGGUUGGGGAAGAAGCUGAAGGACCUGAUGGACAAUUUCCAGAACCUGAGGGCCGAAAUGUCUGCAGAGUACAAGGAGACCGUGGAGAGGAGAUACUUCACCAUCACGGGGGAGAAGGCGAGCGAGGAGCUGAUCGACGAUUUGAUCGCGAGCGGGGAGAGCGAGAGCUUCCUCCAGAAGGCGAUUCAGGAGCAGGGGAGGGGCCAGAUUCUCGACACCAUAGCGGAGAUCCAGGAGAGAAACGACGCGGUGAAGGAGAUCGAGAAGAACCUGAUCGAGCUGCAUCAGGUUUUCCUGGACAUGGCUGCUCUCGUCGAGGCUCAGGGCCACCAGCUCAACGACAUCGAGAGCCACGUCGCGCACGCUAGCUCGUUCGUCCGACGUGGGACGGAGCAGCUCCAGGAGGCCAGGGAGUAUCAGAAGAGCUCCAGGAAGUGGACGUGCUACGCCAUUAUACUGGGGAUUGUGUUCAUCAUUCUGCUUCUGCUCCCCCUCGUGCCAUCUAUCAUAGCUCUCAUACAGAGCAGCAGGUGAAGCGCGGGGAUCGAUUUAAACAGAGAUGAACAUCUCGUCCAUCAAGUGUAGCUUUCUAAAGCCUGUUACUUUUUUACUUCUUGGCUUCGAGAAUGGAGGCAAUUUUACCACUUGCUUUUAAGUGCUUAAAAGGAGAAAACGAGGACAUCAAGGUUGGCUUGGAUUGUGUUGAAACUGUUAAAAGUGCAGGGGGAAAAAAAGGCCUGAAAACAUU